GUCUGAAGCUGAAGCUGAAUUGUGUUUCAUUCCAUUCACGCUCACGUUCAGUAAAUCCCCAAAAACAAGAUGUUUGAGAUGUAAAGUUUAUUUUGUGUCCCAAUAAAAAAUAAAAAUGUAUCAUUAUAAAUAAAAAACUAUUUUAUAUUCGAUAUUUAUAUUCAGAAAUAUUAGGUAAACUAUUAAAAAUUACCUUGAACAAUUAAGUAUUUUUUUAGACUUACUAUCAAGGCCGGUUGUCCAAUGAAUUUAGAAGAUUUUCCAAUGGAUAUACAGAGAUGCCCACUGAAAUUCGGUUCGUUUGGCUAUACAAACCAAGACGUGAUCUACAGAUGGAACAAACAUCGGCAAGUUGCCAUAGCAGAAGACAUGAAAUUGUCACAAUUUGAUUUAAUAGCAACUCCAGCAGCUAAUAACACAGAUACUCUAGUAAAUAGCCACACCCAGUCAGAAAUACCUUCAAGAUUUAAAAAACCCACACAUUUAACGGAAUACUCCAUGUUAUUGGUGAGUUUUCAUCUACAACGUCACAUGGGAAAUUUUUUAAUACAAGUAUACGGCCCUUGUACACUAUUGGUGGUUUUAUCAUGGGUUUCAUUUUGGUUAAAUCGGGAAGCAACCGCCGAUAGAGUAUCACUGGGUAUUACAACCGUUUUAACGAUGACUUUUUUGGGUUUGGAGGCUAGAACGGAUCUCCCUAAAGUUCCCUACCCGACGGCGUUGGAUUUUUUUGUGUUUUUAUCAUUCGCGUUUAUUUUUGCCACAAUAAUACAAUUCGCGGUGGUGCAUUAUUUCACUAAAUAUGGAUCUGGGGAGUGUUAUUUUAGUUCAGACUUUAAUUCGGAUUCAAGUAGCGACGACGAGGAUUGGAACUCACUGGAAAAAGAAGUCAUCCACAAUACACCAACUAUAUCUGGACACAACUCGAGAAAAAACAGCCAAGCACUCCCGUUUCCUCUUUACAACACCAACGACCAUUUAUUGGAGGUUAUACCACUAUCAGCCUGCACAAUUCCUGUCAACCCCGCCAGGCGGUCGUCGUGGUCGACUUUGUCCUCCUGCAUUGCCAAACCCGAGUCCACUUACCUACCAGGAAUGCCGCAAACAUCGAAUGCGCCUUCCAAAGCAGUCUACCCAACUGGACACAGACCUAGGAGGAGAAAAAGGCGUACCCCAAGGUUCAAUUCCGUCUCAAAAAUCGACAGAGCGUCCAGAAUUGUUUUCCCGCUACUAUUUUUUACUAUUAAUUUGGUUUACUGGUGGUCCUACUUGUCCAGGACCAACAGAAUACAUAAUUUAAACGUCAAAUAAUAUGUUUUGCUUUUAUUUUUUAUAAUAAUUAUUGUGGACCAAUAUGUUGUAUUUAUAAUAGUUUUUAGUGAUAUUUAUAGUGAAAUAAUACUAAAUGUGUU